AUGCUGCGGCUGCUCACGUCCAGUUGUACCCGAGGCCUGGGGUCUGGGGUGGCCACGUGGCGUCCCUCUGUGGGGCUCCUCUCUCCUGGGCACCCCAGGAUCCGCCAGGUUUCAGAUGCCUCAGAUGCCCCGCAUCACCAGUCCCCCGGCUCUGAGUCACUGGUACAACUGGUGGGCGUCUGCUCCAUGAUGCGCCUGCCCCUGCAGUCCUCCCCUGAGGGGCUGGAUGCUGCCUUCAUCGGUGUGCCUCUGGACACUGGGACUUCCAACCGGCCUGGGGCGAGAUUUGGACCCCAUCGAAUCCGGGAGGAAUCGGUGAUGCUGGGGGCUGUCAACCCCAGCACAGGAGCCCUCCCCUUCCAGUCCCUCAGGGUGGCAGAUCUAGGCAAUGUGAAUGUCAAUCUUUACAACCUCCAGGACAGCUGCCGGCUAAUUCGGGAGGUCUAUCAGAACGUCCUAGAAGCUGGCUGCAUUCCUCUGACCUUGGAUGUAUGCUGUUUUCUCUCUGCAGGUGGAGACCAUACGCUCACAUAUCCCAUACUGCAAGCGGUGGCAAAAAAGCAUGGCCCUGUGGGCCUAGUGCAUGUGGGUGCCCACACCAACACAACUGACAGAACUCUGGGGGAGAAGGUCUAUCAUCGGACAGCUUUCCGUCGAAGCGUGGAGGAGGGACUGCUGGACUGUAAGCGGGUGGUGCAGAUCGGCAUCCGGGGCUCUUCCAAGACUCUGGAUCCCUACAGAUACAGUCGGAGCCAGGGCUUCCGUGUGGUCCUGGCUGAAGACUGUUGGAUGAAGUCAUUGGUUCCCCUGAUGGCAGAGAUCAGGCAACAGAUGGGGGGCAAGCCUCUUUAUGUCAGCUUUAGCAUAGACGCCUUGGAUCCUGCCUAUGCCCCAGGAACAGGGGCACCGGAAGUUGCUGGGCUCACCCCUAGUCAGGCCCUGGAGAUCAUCCGAGGUUGUCAAGGCCUGAACGUGGUGGGCUGCGAUCUUGUGGAAGUUUCCCCACCAUAUGAUCUCACAGGCAACACGGCCCUCCUAGCAGCUAACCUGCUGUUUGAGAUGCUAUGUGCUCUCCCCAAAGUGACAACUGUCUGAGUCUGUUCUUCAAGACAGACAGACAGUGUCACGACAGAGCCUCGAGGACUCGUGAACAAGCAGUGCAAGGACUGAAGAAAGCUUUCCACAGAUGUCCCCACUGGUGCAAUCAGGACCAUUCAGAAGGCUGACCCAAGCAGGGCAGCUGGCGCUCCUGUCCUCUUGAACAUUAACAUAGUUAAUCUUUUUUUUUUUUAAAGAUUUAUUUUAUGUAUACAGUGUUCUGCCUGCAUGUGUCUUUGCAGGCCAGAAGAGGGCACCAGAUCUAAUUGCAGGUGGUUGUGAGCCACCAUGUGGUUGCUGGGAAUUGAACUCAGGUCCUCUGGAAGAGCAGUCAGUGCUCUUAACCACUGAGCCAUCUCUCCAGCCCUAUUUAUUUAAUCUUAUGUGUGCCUAAGUUCGUGUAUGUGUACCACAUGUGUGUAGGAGCCUGUGGAGUUCAGAAGAGGGUGUAGGAUCCCUUGAACUGGAGUUACAGGCAGCUGUGAGCCACUAGUGGGUGCUGGGAACCGAACCAAGUCCUCUGCAACAGUGAGCGCUCCACUGAGGAGCCUUCGGCCCUU